AUGUUCGCAACAUGGUUUCAUCUUCAACUGCUCCUAGUCUUUUCUAUCGGCGUUAUAUGCGAUACUUUUGACUAUAUAAUAGUCGGAGCUGGGACUGCGGGCUUAGUCGUCGCAAAUCGACUAAGUGAAAACCCAAACAUCACCGUCGUAGUCAUGGAGCCCGGCCCAGAUGUCCGCGACUUCCCCGGCGUCCAAGCAGCUUUCCCCCCAGGUGCCAUCAAUGCAUCAAUUGACUGGGCCUAUACCUCUAUUCCCCAACCCAGACUAAGCAACCGGACGUUCCAAUACCACGCAGGAAGAGCAAUCGGAGGAAGUAGUACAAUCAAUGGUUCGUUUCGUCUCUCCAUUACAAAGUAUAUCCGUGGUGACGCAGCACAAUACGAUGCCUGGGAAGCCCUCGGCAACGAAGGUUGGAAUUUCAGCACGCUAUUUCCAAACUUCAAGCUUUCGGAGAACUACACCAUCCCCACCGAUGCCCAAGUAGCAGCAGGAGCAACCUCGAUCGAGGAUUUCCAUGGCCAUAGCGGCAAGACAUCUUGGGAAACGUUAGAUGUACCUGUGAACGAGGACUUGAAUGGUGGUGAUACGCGUGGAUUUGCGUUGUUUCCGUCCACUUUGGAUAGAGAUGCUAAUGUACGCGAGGAUGCUGCUAGAGCAUACUAUCAGCCUGUUGAGGAUAGACCGAAUCUUUCCAUCAUCAAGGGUACAGUGACGAGAAUAACGUGGGGGGAGAGCUGUGACCAACUUCUUGUUGCUGAUGGGGUUGAGUAUAUAGACGCGGCGGGUACCUUGUCUAAAAUCGAGGCUAGUUUGGAGGUGGUUUUAUCUGCUGGAUCUUUCAAGUCUCCUGUUAUCCUUGAGUCUUCUGGAAUUGGAAAUCCCAGAAUCCUAGCCGAGCAUGGAAUCGAGACAGGGGUUGAUUUGCCUGGAGUAGGAGAAUCGAUGCAGAAUCACCAUCCCGCUAGUUUUUCCUUCACCACCACCAACAAUAUCACCGGCCAAGCUCCUUACGUAGCCUAUGCCACGGCCUCUGAUAUCUUCGGCGACAACACGACAGCGGUCGCAGCUUCGAGUAGCUCGCUCCUUGCAAGCUGGGCACAAACAGCGUCAGCCGCCACGGGAGGUGCCUUGAGUCCCGAAGCUCUAGAGACGAGGUAUCGUGUCCUCCAUGACCUGAUCUUCAUCAAGAACGUUACAAUAACAGAACAAUCUUAUGUUGUAGCUACUAGUGGUAGUGUGGUGAGUGCUGGUUUCCGCGUCUCGGAGCCUUUCUCGCUGGGCAGCAUUCAUCUUGGGUUUAAUUCAAGCCAGCCUAUUGUUGAUCCCAAUCCACUGUCUAUUGAUCUCGAUCUGCAGCUUCUCACAGGUGCUGGUCGCUUGACUCAGAAGCUAUGGGCUACGCAGCCAUUACUCGGUACCAUUAUUUCCGAAACAGAGCUGUCUUCCAACGCAACAGAUGACGAAUGGAACACUUUCCUGACAUCUUCACUUAAUACCGCGUACCAUGUCAUCGGAACUUGUGCUAUGCUGCCGCAAGCAUCGGGUGGUGUGGUUGAUCCGAAGUUGAAGGUCUACGGGACUCAGAAUGUCCGCGUUGUCGAUGCUUCGGUUAUUCCUAUCCUGAUGAGUGGCCACUCGGGAGCCGCAGUGUAUGCCGUAGCUGAAAUGGCUUCUGAAAUCAUCAGGGCGGGUUAG